AUGAAUCUGUCAUCUUUGGUAGGACAGCUGACGACUUCUCCCAAAUGGGGUGAUUUUGCAGCUGAGGUGCUCGAACAUGGUCCAAACCCCAGAAAUGGUACAAAAUCCGACGAAGCUCAUCCACCCAUUCAUCCUCUGAAACAUGUUCCAGACGGCACACUACAAGGAAACGAUUGGCGAGUGUACGAGUUAAUUGUACGUCACUUCUUGGCGUGUGUCUCAUGGGAUGCUAAGGGUCGAGAGACACGAGUUCGGAUGAGAAUUGGAGGAGAGACGUUUCACGCCACUGGCCUCUGUGUUCAGGACCUAGGUAAUUUUUCGCAAACUUUGGCUCAACUCGACUUAGGGGCAGAACGUUUGAAGAACUGGCCGCUACUUACGAGUGUAUAUCUAUUACGAGUGUAUAUCUAUGACAAAUGGAGCAAUAAAGUGAUUCCAACAUACCUGGAAGGAGAAACACUCAUUGAUUAUCGUCUUCGUAUAGCAGAUGGACAAACGCAACCACCUGAAUUACUCAACGAAGCCGAUUUGAUUGCUCUCAUGGACAAGUACGGUAUCGGUACAGACGCGACGCAUGCUGAACAUAUAGAGAAGAUUAAGACAAGACAGUAUGUGGGUGUUCGUGAAGAUGGACGUUUCCUUCCUGGAUUUCUCGGUCUCGCUCUUGUCGAUGGUUAUGACGCUACGGGUUUGUUUGAAAAAUAUGCAAAUUGA